AUGAUCAUUCUAUUUAUUGUGAUUUUAUCAACAUUGUCACAAAACCUGAAGAUCAACAUAUUUAAUGUGGACCAGGCUGACAGUGAGUUGAUUCUGUUUCCAAGUGG